AUGGAAAAUAACGAUUUAAGUAAAUAUGUAAAUUUGCCUUUCGGUGGAGAAAUGGAUGACAAUGUAGUAAUGUCUGAGGAAAUGGGAAACGUUUCCAUGUCACAAUAUAUAAAUGACACCGAAAGACAUGAUGAACAAUCUCUUGGAAAUUUAAGUGGUGCCACAAUAGAAAACGGAAAUGGUUUUACUGUUGAAGAUUUGAAUUAUAUACAUUUUGAUGACUUUGUUCACUCUCCUGAUACAAUUGCUGUGACCGACGGUCCACAAAUAAUAUGGAAUAUCAGUGCAACGACAGACGGUCAAAUAACUACGCAAGACUGGAAUACAUCUGCUCUCGUUCUUCAUGAUUCUGUACAAACAGUUCAGGAUAAUAAUGCCCAAUCUAUGUUGAUAAACCCUGAGGCAGCUACACAAUUUCUUAUCGAUCCUACUCUAAUGACACAGCCUCCUCAACAGCCUAUACAAGUCCAACAAGGACAUUCUUACGGAACUCGGUUUGCAAACCAAAUGCGUCCUACCCCUGGAAUCCAACCUCGGCAAAGAAGACAAAGACCUAAAAAAGGUCAUGGGGAGACAGAUGAUGGACCUUACUGUAUAUGUCGUGGUCCAGCUUUUGGAGUCAUGGUUGAAUGUGAUUCGUGCAAUGAGUGGCAAGUUUUAAUUUCACUAGUGAUCGCAAAAAAUAAAUUAUUCAUAACUUUUAUAAAGCCUGGCCCAAAAAAUAGAUCAAUAGCGCAGGAAGUGGACAAAUACCAUUGCCCAAAAUGUCAAGUAGAAAAUCCUUCACUCAUUGGUUUAAUCAAAGAUGAUUGUCCAAUGGCAGAAGCUACAGGCAUUGAUCCAAAAGCAUUGUUAAUCGAAGAACCUGCUUCUAAUGAUCCUCCAAAACCAGCGAAAUGUUUGUUUAAAGAUUGUUCAAAUGAUUCUCGUGAAAAUAAUCCUUAUUGUGGUGAAAGUUGUUUAUUACGUGAUAAGAUUUUAGAGAUUAAGAUGACAAAGGGGCCUGAUGUUCCACAGAAAACAUCUUCGCCGCCUGCUACAAUGGAAACAAAAAAAGUACAUCGUCCUGUACUUCCAAAACCUGCACAGCCUGCAGUACUCAACGGGCCUUCUCAUAUAAAUAAUAAAAUUAAUCCUAAUCAAAGACCAUCUUCUACGGUUAUCAAUACUACACCAACAGUUAUUAAACAAAGUUUACCGCAAGUUAAGAAGGUACCUAUGCAGCAAAAAAAAUUGUCCGGAGGUUCGGGUGAUAAUGCUACCAAAGUGCGUAAUUUAUGUUUGGAAAAGUUUCAAUCUCUCUUCGCUAAAAAAUAUAAUGAAUUAAGUGAAAAAGGUGAAUUGCAAAAUACACAAGAAGGGCCGGAGCAACUCGCUCAACGUCUUGCCAAACGUAUCGAGGAAUCUAUUUAUGAUAAUUUUGCUGCUAAAACUGACAAAGAUGGUUUGGGUCAGAAUUAUAAAUCAAAAUUGCGAAAUCUUCUUACGAGUCUUGGACAUCCAAAAAAUGAAGACUUAUUAAUGCAAGUCGUCAAAGGGGAUAUUCCACCAGUUCGAUUAGUAAUGAUGUCCGCAGAGGAUUUGGCUAAUCCUGAACAAAAAUCUUUAAUGGUUAAAGUUCGUAGAGAAAGCAUGCAACAAUCUGUUUUAAAAGCUGAUCAUGGGCCAAGAAUAAAGAAAACUCAUAAAGGUGAAUUUAUAAUAAUUGAAGGUGGAAAUGACUCACCUAGGCGUGAUACGCCAGACGUCAAUUCAAAUUCAUCUACCACAAAUGGCUCUUUCACCUCACCUAUUAGUACGAGACCGAAAAUAAAUAUUGAAGACUUGGUACCCAAAAGACGUGCUAGCACAGCUGAUGGUAAUAAUCCAUUAUCCGCAAGCAGUGAUACAUCAAAAGAUGAUUCUUUGUCUCGAAGGACUUCAACCAGUACUGAAGACCUUAGAACUAAUUUUUUUAAAGGCACACCACGCGAAGAAAAUAAUGAUGAUCAACAAUCUGCACGGAAUUCAUUAACAAAUAUUAAUAACGGUGUGUUUGAUACUGACGUGACAGGUAGCCCUACGGCAAUGUCGGUGAGUUCACCAGUGAAUUCACCACAACCUACUCCUCAAGCCACAGAAUUAAAUUCACCUACGAUGAGUCCUCAUACUCCUCCCGGAGUACCUACUAACCUUAAUAAGCCUAUACUACCUUUAACUUCUAUUUGGUCUGGUAAAUUGGUAUAUGAUAGUGUAGCUAGAUUUUCUGGUAAGGCAAGUCUUGUUGCCGCAAAAAAACGGAGUAAAGAAAGAUGUUGGGAAGAUUUUCUUGCAACGGUUAUUAGAAUUAACGGUCACGUGUCACGGGUUGAUGAAGCGGAAACCUAUUUAAUUGAUAGUUGGUGUUCGCCUUCAAAAGAUGUUGCUAUAAUCAAAUUUGAACAUGUUGAAAAUAUUGAUGACAAGCAACAAUUUGAUAUGGUAUUUAAUUACUUACGCUAUUCUCAAAAGGAUAGGGUGAUGCGUUAUGGACGCGUUGCAAAUGCGUAUAGUAAUGUUAGGGAAAUGUACAUUAUUCCAUUAGAACCAGAUGAUAAAGUACCUGACGUUUUUACCUUUUUAGAUCAUGAUGAACUAUUAAUACCAAAAAAUAAUGAAAAACGUCAAUCAAAAUUAUUAUUGGGUGCAAUUGUCAUUGUUGAAGCUGAAUCAGUGAAAACAAAACGUCCACGUGAAUUGAAUGUGAAUAAUGCAACACGGUCAAUUAAAAAAGAAAAAGUAGAAACUACAUAUAAUAGCCAUUUGGGUAGUAAUAUACAACCAAAUAUUGGAGCCAAUGUUGUAACUAAUAGUCCGAUAGCCCAUAUAUUGACUCCACAGACGAAUAUGGUUAUAGCUCCAGCGAACUCACCGCCUAAUCAUCAAAUUUCUCAAAAUGUGCCGGCGGUGACGUCAGCACCUAGCGGAAUUUUUCCCGGGAUACUGCAGUCUUUAUUAGCUGCCCCGGGUCAUAAUUCAUCGGCAAAUCAAUUUCAACCACCGCAAUCACAAUUUAAUGGACCUCCUCCUAAUGGUCCACCAAAUGCUUAUGCAAUGCCUACGCAACAAAUGCACUUGCCUCCUCAACCGAACCAAUACCCAACACCUUUUCCGACCGCAGCCCAACCCCAAAAUGGUCAAGCUCAGUUCAUACCACCACACGUCGUACAAGGACCCCCACAAUCAGCACCGCCACAAGGGCAAAUGCCACCACCAGGGCAGAUGCCACCACCAGGGCCGAUGCCACCAGGAUUCCCCCCUCAAUACGAACAAUUUUACGCACAUCCACCUCCAAAUUAUCCACAUUCACAACA